AUGGAGAGAAUCUUACUGAUCUCCUUGGGCUCCCGAGGGGACAUGGAGCCCUUCCUUGCCAUAGGCGAAGAGCUGCAAAUGGCUGGUCAUUCUGUGGCCUUCUGCAUGCCUGCCCAAUUCCAGGGUUUGGCCGAAGAGGUCAGCAAGACCUUCUAUGCAAUGGACAAGGGAUUCCUGGAGCUGGUAGAGAACGAGGAUGUCAAGGGGAUCAUUGCUCAAGUCGGAUCGGCUUGGACCAGGCUUCGAACGAUGGUCAGACUGAUGUGGGAGACCAAACCACUUCAGCAGCAGCUAGUUCGAGAUCAGCAUGCUGCUGUCGACCACUUCCGGCCUGAUCUCAUCAUCUUCCACGGCAAGUGCAUCUAUCCCAUCCUCGCGGCCCUGGAAUAUGGGCAACGAGUGAAGAUGCUUUGUCCCGUUCCCUGCAUGAUUCACGCGGUCGACACCGAGCCGAACAUCGGUUUCGGAGAUCCGGGCUCUGUUUGGUGGAAUCGCCUGACAUAUUUCUUGGCAAACAAGGUCUACAUCAGCAAGUCCAUUCUGGGCUACGGUGGCCCUGUGGCAAAGAACGAGCUUCAGUUUCGGAACUUGGACUCCUCCCGACUCACUGCAUUCAUGCUUGAGGAGAUGCCAGUGGAGUACGCGAUCAGCGAGCGUCUCUUUCCCAGGCCUGAAAGCUGGCCGCCGCACGCUCUGAUCACAUGCUUCCGAGAGCGGGACAAGGCGAAGCACUGGACUCCACCCACACCGCUUCUCAAGUUCUUGUCGGACUACCCUGAACCCCUCUAUGCGGGCUUCGGGAGCAUGGUGAACGAAAAUCCAGAGCAGGUAGGCCAGAUCAUCUUGGAUGUGACAGCCGAGUUGGACCUUCCUGUGCUUCUCAACACGGGCUGGGGCGGAGGCAUCCGAGUUUCGGAAGAACAUCUUCCCAGGCAUGCUUUCGUAGUCAACGACAUCCCCUACGAUUGGCUCUUCUCACGCGUGCGUGCAGUCGUUCACCAUGGUGGCUCAGGGACCACGCACAGCGCCUUGCGUUUCGACAGGCCGCAGCUGAUCGUUCCGCACAUUUCAGACCAGUUUCUAUGGAUGCGCCUCGUUAACCGAGCGGGCUUCGGGCCCAUGGGUUUUCCAAUCAAAAGCUUCAGCAAGGAGACAUUCAGAAAGGCACUCACCGAGCUCUUGAGUCCACAGUACAGGAAGCCGGCAUGA